AUGGGAGAGGAGAAGAAGGCAGGGAGAUGGAGGUUCAACGAUAUUCGAGAUGAUGAAAAACGAGGAUCAAAGUUCGACCUUUUAAAAAUGUUGGAUGUUCUAGUCAGGAAUGAGGGAAAGAAAGAAACAGAAUUGACAGUUGGAGGAUAUGAACUUUGUGGUAUCGUUCCAUUCAGCGUACGUGGUAACAAUGCUGGUGCAGUGAAACAGUGA